AUGAUUUCUUUCUUUCUUUCUUUCUUUCUUUCUUGCUUUCAAAUAUGUUUUGCUUUCUUUCAUUUUUUUUAUUAUUUUUCUUUCUUUCAUUAUCAUCCGUACACUUUUCUGUCCAUCAUUUUUAUAUAUACAUCGCCGUUUCUUUCUUUCUUUCUUUCUUUCUUUCUUUCUUUCUUUCUUUCUUUCUUUCUUUCUUUCUUUCAUUUUUCAUCCUUUCUUUUUUAUUUCAUCAUUUUUUUUUCUAUUUAUUUUCAUUGGCAUCUUUCUUUCUCUUUGCUUUUCUUUCCACUUUUAAAUUGUUCUUGUUUUUUUCUUUUUUCUAUAACUCUCAUUCACUUUCCUUGUCUUUCACUUUCAUUUUUUUCAUCUUUUCUUUUUUCUUUCUUUUUUCAUGAUUUCUUUUCAUUGUAUCAUUUUCUUUCUUUCUUUCUUUCUUUCUUUCUUUCUUUCAUGAUUUCCAAUUUCUUCAUUGUAUCAUUUUCUUUCUUUCUUUCUUUCUUUCAUGAUUUCCAAUUUCUUCAUUGUAUCAUUUUCUUUCUUUCUUUCUUUCAUGAUUUCCAAUUUCUUCAUUGUAUCAUUUUCUUUCUUUCUUUCUUUCUUUCUUUCUUUCUUUCUUUUGUAAUUAAAAUCUUUUUUGUCUUUUACCGCAAUUUUUUUCUUUCUUUUGUAAUUAAAAUUUUAUCUUCUUUUUUGUCUCUUACCACACUUUCUUUCUUUCUUUCUUACUUUCUUUCUUUCUUUCUUUCUUUAUUUUACUUCAUAAAUUUUAUCUAUGUAUUUUCCUUGGUCUUCUAUCUAUCUAUCUAUCUAUCUAUCUAUCUAUCUAUCUAUCUAUCUAUCUUUGUCUGUCCAUUAUCUAUCUAUCUAUCUAUCUAUCUAUCUCAGUCUAUUCAUAUCGAUCUUUUUCCUUUUGAUCAUUAUCUAUCUAUCUAUCUAUCUAUCUAUCUAUCUAUCUAUCUAUCUAUCUAUCUAUCUCCCCAAUAA